UUUGUUUCAAACCCAAAAAAACAUCGCGUCUUUAAAUCUUGUUCUUUCUUUCUUUCUUUGGUUUUUUUUCCAGGUUUAUUGAGGUGUGGAAAGAGUUGCAGGCUACGCUGGAUAAACUAUUUGAGGCCAGAUAUUAAACGCGGGAAUUUCACCAGGGAAGAAGAGGACACCAUUAUUAGCUUACACGAAAUGCUUGGUAACAAAUGGUCGGCGAUUGCGGCGAGGUUACGGGGAAGAACAGACAACGAAAUAAAAAACGUAUGGCACACCCACCUGAAGAAGAGGCUUAAACACAGCCAUGCCACUAACCGACAACAACAACAACUCCCUGAUUCCUACAAAGACAUCAAAAAUGAACAACCUGCCGAUAGCCCACAACAAUCCACCAGCGAGGCUUCAACACUCACGACAACCGACAACGACAGAAACGGCAACAACGGUACUACGUUUACCACGAACUCCCAAACCAACGAACAUGAUGUUCUCGAGAUCGACGAGAACUUCUGGUCGGAAGUGUUUUCGGCUGAUAAUUCCGGCAUGGCCGCCGAUUUCCAAGUGGGUUUUGCUCCGCCGGACCCACAGACUCAUCAGUAUCUCACGAGCUCUCCUCCUUUAGCAGCAUUGGAAGGGGUGAAUGACUACGGUUCCAGUGUUUAUGAUAGCGAUGCUAACAUGGAGUUUUGGAAUAAUCUUUUCACGAGAGAGGUGGAUUUACCUGAAUUACCAGAAUUUUGAGCUUGCUAUCUUUGUAAUUAACCCUUUAGGUUAAUGUUAAUUUGUAA